AUGCUGAAGAAGGAGAGUUCCCAUUUCAAGCAAGUGUCACUGCAGUAUGGCGGCAGUCAUUACUGUGGUGCUACAGUUUUAUCUCCUGAGUACGUCCUCACAGCUGCUCACUGCAUCUUUGGUAACAGCAUUGAUGACUACAGUGUUCGAGCAGGAACCAACACUUAUUACACAGGAGGCACUGUCCACAGAGUUAUUGAGUGGGCUUAUCACGAGAACUACGUGAAUGAAGCUUACUGGAAUGAUGAUAUUGCUGUUGUCAAGGUGAGACCAGAUAUCAUAUUGGGUGACAACAUAAAGCUAACCACACUUCCUCCUCCUGGUGAUGAACCUAAAGGUGGAGCUGCAAGCGUGGCUAUUGGCUGGGGAUCUGGAUGUUAUGGCUGUGCAGGAAUUCCUAACCUGCAGAAAGUUAACUUGAAGAUCUAUUCACACGAAGAUUGUCUAGAUAUCUAUGGGUUCGGACCUACGACUGACAUGGUCUGCUCAGGUAUUCCAGAGGAAGAGAAGGGUGUUUGCAGUGGUGACUCUGGCGGUGCUCUCCUUGUUGACGGCAUCCAAGUUGGCAUAACCUCAUGGACCCGGGUGCCCUGUGCAGAGUAUCCUGCAGUGUGGACCAAGGUUUCCCACUAUCGUGACUGGAUUGCAGAAAAGACAGGAGUGUAAUCUGUAAGACAA